AUGAAUUAUCAGAAAUAUGUGCUGGCAGGGAGCCCGGGUUUUGUCAGGAGGCGAGAGGCUUCACUAACGCAUUGGUUGAAAAGAUUUUUUUUAAAUGAAAAAGACAGCGAGAACAAAUUCAAACAAAAAAAAAAAAAAAAAAAGAAAGAAGAAAGGAGCAGGGAACGGGUGGCGAGGGGGACCUUCGCCCCGCGGCUGGAGCCUGGUGGGGUGAAGCAAUCGCGCUCAGUCAUCGGGGAGGAACGAGGCGAAGCCGGGGCGCGCGGGAGCGCAGGGGAAGGCAGCACCUCCCCGCCGGUGUGCACCGACAUGCCGGGUGGCACCGGCACGGCCUUCCCGCUCGAGAAUAGGGAUGGGGAUAGGGAUGAGAAUAGGGAUGGGGAUGAGAAUAAGAAUAGGGAUGGGGAUGCGCAUAGGGAUGGGGAUGGGGAUGACAAUAGGGUUGGGGAUAGGGAUGGGGAAGAGGAAAGGGAUGGGGAAAGGGGAGAGGAGCACCCUCCCGGCCACGAUGCCUCUUUAAGCCCUGAGCAAGACUCCCCGGGCAGCCAGCAGCGGUAG